GCUUAAAGCGCGCCAAAUGGUGUCGCACGAUUCAUUUACAAAACGAGACUAGUUCAAGAACAACAAAGUGAUUUUUAAAUAAUUCUUAGGCUAAUUUUACAAAAACAAAAAGAAGAAGAAUUAUAAAAAAAAUGAGUAAUUUCAGAUCUCCAAUGCGAUGUAUUUCUCCUAAGGCGAGGAUUUUAAGUGCCAAGCCACAAGUGGAACAAACGCUUGAUAUAAGACAAACUCAAAGCAAAGCAAGAAACAGUAUUAUGUUUUUUUUUGUCAACAGUUCUUUAUUUGGAAUCCUCAUUUUUGAUAUAGUGUACGGAGGCGUAGCAUGUGAACCAUUCUGUUGGGUUGAGUGGUGUUUGGCCUUGAUAUUUGCAUUAAAUUCUCUUUAUCAUAUAACAAAAUACGCAUGGGCGAAUUUUUCUCUACAGCCAAUUCUACUGAAUCCUAAACAAAGACGUCUAUUGGGUAUAUCUGAGGAUGAUCCUCUUUUUAAGAAUGAACAACCAUCAUCUCCAAAAGCAUCUGAGCCAAUGAUUCCAUUAAAUUUGUCAUGCAUGAUUCCCAACAGAAGAAUUACUCCACAGGAUCUUGGUUCUACAGGAUUAAGUGAAUCCAAGGACUUUUUAUCGCCAACUCAGUUUUUUAAAUAUGGUAGUCCUACAUCACAAAAAUCAACAUCCAAUCCUAAUGGAUCUUUUAAUAAAUCUCUUAAUAUUUCGGCAAAUGGCGAAGAUUUGAUUCAAAGUGAAAGGGAAUUAAAAAGUUACUUGGAGGAAGCUCGUCAAAAAAAGCACAUUCUAUCAACAGAUAUAAGUCAGCCCUCUAAUUUACUUAGCUCAUUUUGGUCGUAUCCAGCGAUUGGAAGUCCUGGAGAUGUUUCUCCAUUGUUAAGAAGAUGUGCAUAUCAAUUGGCGCCUAUUAUCGAUAAAUCAAAAUCAGCUAGUCCCGGCAGUGAAGAAGGAAAUUCACCUAGGGGUGUGUUCGGCGGACCAGACGUUUGGAGAAAAUAUAGAAUCGAUCCGAUUAAAUUAAACGAAUGGACAGCUAAUGUUCGCAUGUGGAUUAGUAAAACAGUUAUCGAACGUGUAGCAACUGAAAUUGAUAACGUUUGUUUGGCAUUGGUUCGUCAUGGUUUAAGCGAUUCCCAAUUAGGAUGUGUUGGAUUGCAUAGAUUGAGAAAACUUGCACAAGCACCAUUUUUAGUAUUUGCUAUUCCUACUUUACCAACUUUGGUACCUUUCCUGGAACUUUCUAAUAACCAGGAAUAUUUAAUUAAGAGAAUCAAAAUUCUUGCAAAAGGAGGUUCAAUGAGCGAGUUCAAGUGGAAUGGUGGCGGAUCUCAUAAUGGCAAAGAAUGGGAUUCCAGUUUGCCAACUGAUUCAGCGAUAAUUAUGCAUUUGGUAUCAACAUAUAUGGAUACACAAUUGGAAGCCCCUUUAGAUCAACCCGAUGCGCGACCAUUUACAUCAAGAUAUAUGGCUAGAUCAGGAAUGAGUUUGCCACGUAGCAAAGGUCCUAUAAUAGUAUGUCAGUCUAUAAAUCCACCGCAUUACAAUUUAGCACAUUCUGGAGAUUCAUUACCUAGCGAUUACGAGGAAGUACAACGUGGCAGAAACAACUUAUUUCAUACGCUUCUGUUAUUUCUAUACAUCGUUAAAACGAGAGAUCAUGGUAUGUUGGGUCGCGUCAAUUUGGGUACAUCGGGCAUAAACGUUUUGUGGGUAAUCGAUGGUUGAACACCUUGCACUCUAACAGUUGACAAUUGUUAUACCGCCCAUAUUCGACUGCAUAUCUUUUUUUUUGUUUCAUGUUUAUUUGUAAUAAUUUAUUCAUAAUAUAACCUAGCGCAUCUUUUACAUACGUUUGUUUCAUUUCAAGAAAUUAAAAAAAUUCUAUGUACAUGUAUGUGUGCGUAUAUAUGCGUCUAUAGGAGUAGAAAUUUAUCAUAAUCAUUUCAAUACUACGAAUAUGUUUUAUUCACAGUACUUAAGUAUAUGUACAAAUAAAUCAUAAAUCACGAUGCGGUAUCUGUUAAAAAUAAAUUUUUAAUACAUUGUAGUAUAGCAUAUGAUAGCUGGUUUGUAAGUCUUUUAUUUUACAAAUUUUAAUGUGAUGUGCUACACUAAAUGCACAUACGAUAUAACAAGUAUCGCAGAAUUCUUCAUUGGACUUUUAAAACUGUCACCAUCUGACCAAAUAAAUGCGUCAAUUUAACGAAUCGUAAAAUGAA